UGCUCUGUUAACUCUUCCAUUUUUUGAAAUAAAUAUUUUCUUGUAACCCUUGCUAAAUCAUCAUGGCGUCCGAAUCAAGCGAUCGCAUCCAAAAAAUGGAAGUGGAUUUUAGCUCGACCGUUGAAGAGAAACUUCCAAUAUACGAAGCUUUGGCUAAGCAAGGAAAGCUUACAGAAGCAAUUGAUGGCCUAAUGUCUUUAGAGAAACAAACUAGAACUGGAGCUGAUACACAUUCUACAAGUCGUAUUUUGGUGGCUAUUGUCAAAAUUUGUUUUGAGGCCAAGAAUUGGGAUGCACUCAAUGAGAAUAUUGUUCUUCUGACCAAAAAACGAGGACAAAUUAAACAGUCUGUAACUAAGAUGAUCCAAGAAGCCUGUACCUAUGUUGAGAGUACACCAAACAAAGAGGUCAAGUUAAAGCUGAUAGAUACCUUAAGAUCUGUAACAGCAGGAAAGAUCUAUGUAGAGAUAGAAAGAGCUAGACUUACUAGAACGUUGGCCAAGAUACGAGAAGAUGAAGGUGAUAUUGCCACGGCUGCUAAUGUUUUACAAGAGUUACAGGUUGAAACUUUUGGAUCUAUGGAGCGUAAAGAAAAAGUUGAAUUUAUCUUGGAGCAGAUGAGACUUUGUCUAGCUAAAAAAGAUUACAUACGAACUCAAAUCAUUAGUAAAAAGAUAAGCAUCAAAUUUUUUGAAGAACCUGAUACAGUAGAUUUAAAGCUCAAGUUUUAUCAACUAAUGAUUGAAUUGGAUCAACAUGAAGGAUCAUAUCUGGCAAUCUGUAAGCAUUAUCUGGCUAUCUAUAACACUGAACAGAUCCAAAAAGAUAAAGAAAAAAUGAAAGAGGCUCUUUGCUGUGUGGCAUUGUAUUUAGUAUUAGCUCCAUUUGAUAAUGAACAGUCUGAUUUGAUGCAUAGAGUGUCUCAAGACAAAAACCUAGAGGAAAUUCCAUUUUAUCAGAAGUUUCUAAAGAACUUCACCACCAAUGAGAUCAUCAACUGGAGUCAACUGUGUAAAGAGUUUGAGAAAGGGCUGAAAAGUGGAAACACUGCAACUGUUGUAUUUACUACUAGCAACAAGAUGGAAGGGGGAGAUAAACGAUGGGCAGAACUAAAAAACAGAGUUGUAGAACAUAAUAUUCGUGUGAUGGCUAAAUAUUACACAAGGCUUCGUAUGCAGCGAAUGGCCAAUUUGUUGGAUCUGACUGAAAAUGAAACUGAAGAGUUCCUUUCCAACCUGGUGGUCAACAAAACAGUGCAGGCUAAAAUUGACCGCCUGGCUGGCGUAGUCAGCUUCACUCAGCACAAGGACCCCAACUCUGUGCUCAACAGCUGGUCAUCUCGUGUCUCUGAGCUGAUGCAUUUAAUCCACAAGACUAAUCAUUUGAUCAACAAGGAGAACAUGGUGCGGAGACUUCUUCCCGGUGAUGUCAAAGUGUGACCGUUGCUUUGAUUUCAUUCCAUGGACAAUUUUUUGCCAGAGACAUUUACACUAUGGCUGUUUCAGAACUAAGGCCAACUAGUUUCGUUUAUACGUAUUAGGAAUUCAGGAUGCUAUUUUUUAAAUGUUCAUUGCAUUAAAUCAAGUUACUCACCAA